UUUUAAUGUUUAUGUAAGAGAGAGUAUAAGAAAGUGAGGUUAUGUUUUGGAAUAUUUUCAAUAAAUUAUAUCAAGUAAAGUAUUUUAAUCGAAAAACAUUUCAAGUGUGCCGCCAUGUUUAUGUAUCCCGAACCUCCCCCAAUCGACUAUGUUGUCGAGGACGUCUCAUUAACGUUUUUAUCCGAUGGCAUUUUUUUACACGGCAAGCCAGGACCGUCGCAUAAAUGUAUGGGAAAACAACUUCGUCCCAUAAAAAGAAAAAUCACCGACCCCGUGGCGCCACCUACUGAACUCGAUUCUCGUACACUUAACGCGUUUGCAGAAAAGGAGAGAUCUUGGUACGCCCAGUCGAAAGAUGCUUUCCUUAUUCACGAAUUUUCAACUUUUAUUAAACGAUUGAAAUAUUCCAAUCAAGAUAAUAAUAUAGGUGCACUAUUUCCAAGAUCAAAGAAAUACGAGUAUCAGUAUAUUAAGGAGAAACGUUUGGAAAAUGUACCGAAGGAAAUAUUUCUUGAUAAGUUUCAAUGUGGCGCAAAAGAAGGAAAAAAGAAAAAUAGAAUAUCGAAAUCCGACGAGGAGCAGCCAUGUUAUAUUUUGAAGCCGCCAUUUUGGUGGAAAGAUAAAGGUGAUAAAAAAGAAUUGAAACUCCCUAUAGGUUAUAUCAACGAUUAUGCAUAUGAUCAAGCGGAAUACACUGUACAAGGAUUUGAUUAUGCCAAUCACCAGAUUGAGACUGUAAAAAAAGAUGUCGAGGAUAUUGCCAACUGUCGAGAAAAGAAACUAUUAAAAGUGGAAUGCCCAGUAAAAUGUUCUAUCGAAAAAGAUGGUUAUACUCCAAAAAUACUGGACGUCAAAACAGAAAUAAGAUGGCAGCCGCUUUACGAACUAAAACAAUUUCCAAAAACUAAUAAGAAACGUAACGAAGAGUUACGAAUGGUUACGAAGCCUUAUCUUCAUGAAUUGAACACAUGGUAUGCUAAACAUUUACCGACGAAACUUCAUUUGCCAGUAAAGUGGGAAGGAAAACGACCAAUAAUGGAAUGGCGAUUUUCUCACAUGUAAAUUGUUUUGUUUUACGUGCAAGCACAAACAUAAAAAAUAUUUACGAUUUAUUAGUGCAUACGCACUAUUACCUUCGACAAGUAAUUAGGAAAUGAAAGAGAAAAGAAGAAAAAAAUUGUUCUAGAAAUUAUUCCUCUUUAAUUUUCUUUUCUUUUUCUAUAAUUUUUUUUUUUUUUUUUUUAAUAAUUUUAAUUAAUUUCUAUCAAAUAUUUUUUAUGUUAUUAAUAAUUAAAUCAAAUGAAGAUUUAAGGUAUGUUAACGAUAAUUUCUUCCCCCCCCCCUCACCCCAAUAAAAUACCUUGUUUCAAUCUUUUUCACACAUCCUAUAUAUAAUUAUUGAAUAAUGGUAUCUUUAUUAAAAAAAAAAAAAAAACGAUCUUGUUCGAAAUUUUUUGUUUGAAAUAAAUAUUUUUUUAGGAACACACUA